GUCGCGCCGCCGAAAGGGCACGAAGUCCCAGAGAUCUCGUCGGUGGAACGUCGCACGCACAUGGAGUGGACCGCCCGCGACGAAACUCUCUUGCGGCAAUGCGUGUUUGAGUGCGCGUAUGAUUUUGACGCGGCGGCCACGGUAUUCCUCCAGCGCAUACCAAAGCAACGCAAGCUCUCGUUGGGCGAGCACGCCAUCACUCCACGUGUGAUCGAGCUCAAGUAUAUGGAGCUCAGCGAGCUCGAAGAAGGCGACCAAGAAGACAACGACGGUAGAGUUGUAGAAGUUCAACCAGUGGAGGGCUUGAAAGGCGCGAGUACAAGUGACGAUGCUACACUUGUCGUCGUUGCGUCCUCCGACUUGCCAGUGUUAGAGCUGCCGCUCUCCGAGUUUGACGUCGACUUGAUGCUUCAGGACAUCCCGACGGAUUCGUUACCCCGAGACAGCGAAAUGCAAUGGGUGCUUUCAUAUUUGGAAGAUCCAACGAAUUCCGUGGACGAGGCAGUGUACAACCCGAGUCAACUGGGCAUCGAGGUUGGCAGGUACUCUGGCUGCGACCUCCUGGCUCAAUUGGACUUGGCGUUCCAAGCUAGCCGAGAACGGAGCUGCGGCAAUCGCAGCGUCGACAAUUUGCUAGCGCCUCACAUUCUGUCGCUGGCGAAGGAAGAUGAAGGGGGCACUCGUGAACCAUCCAAAGUUGCCGCCACUGACGACAAUGACAUCCCAGACUUGGUUGCGCUGUCACCAGUGCAAACUAUCAUGGCAAGUGGCACAGGCAUAGCAUCAAGUCGACCACUUCCUCUUUCCGCUCGUGCGCCAUUGAGCCAUGGUUCAUUAACUGAUCUACCAGCUGCCCCAUCAACGCCGCCUCCCUCAUACCCUAUCGAUGAAGAUGUUGAUGUGGAGCAAAGUGAAGACGGCGCCUCGGACACGUCGUCAGACGCAGAGGACUGGAACUCUGCGCGGCGGUUGCUGAAAGAUCGCACGACCGUACUCCCUCCGCAGCAACCAUCGCCACUCCAGUGUGAUGAAGCAUGGCGCAGCGAAGAUGACGAUAAAGAUGACAGCGUUGAUGGAGGAGAUGCGACCGAAGCAAUGGAGCGUCAGCUUAUGAAGUUGUGGAAGCGAGAUGUGGAGCUCCAGGAGCAAGAGUUUCUCGGGACUCACUCCCGCGAUGCCGCGGAGACAGCCCGCUUCAUUCGAGAGGAAAUGCAGGCGCUGCUGCACGUGGCUGCUCCAAGUGGAUCGAACGUUCCACCUCGACGCCAAGAGGACGAUGGCGAUCAGCGCCAGUUUUUGGGCUACAAAAACCCGUACGCACUCGACGAACGCGAAGUGUCCUCAGACAACCCACCGAUCGAAGCAACUGCUCUCGACAUCGUGCGAUCCCAUCAAGAACGCCGGGAAAGGGCCUCCACUUCAAUUCCUGCGGCUCCAUGCACCAAACCGUCGACCGCAGAUUCGCCUCAACGGGCAGUCGUCCCAGUGCCUCGCAAGAGGGGAACGAUAGCACCGCCGGAGAUAGUGGCAGACACCAUCGCAGACCUUGUGGAAGAGAGCAUCCUGGCUUCCGUCGACGAACUCUCUGAGGCUUUGUACCACCGCCAGCUGUCGCAGUCACUGCAUGUGCCGACCUUGCCACGCUCGUAUUGGCAGCGCCUCUUUACUUACGGCACUGCCGACUGCGAGGAUGACUCCGAGCUCUUGGACGACGUGCAUGUGCUGGCCUUGCAAGGCGCCGAUUCGACAGACGAUGCAUUUGGUACGAUAGUUCAGCUCUUUUGCCAACUCCAGCACGAGCCAUCAUCCCCUUGUACGCUCCUGGGCCUUCAAUACACCGUCGUCCUGCCGGGACAGGUGUCGCUGCAGUCGCCCCCUCAAGGCCACCCUGACGCCAUUCCCGUCUUGUUCAUCGCGCUUCAAUGUGAGUCCGCGUACAUCGAUGCAAUUCUUCACUCCCCUAUGGAGUCCUUCUUACCUGGAAACGAGAAAGCUUUGGGCGAUUACCUUGUCCGCGUGCCUUUUGUGACGCCUUCGCCGUCUGCCACAAGCACAGCUUUGCUCGUGCACCCGAUUCACCUCUUCACUCGCCUCCCAACGUUCCAAGUCUUCCACAACCAUCUUCCCCACCGCCACUAUAACGCCACAACGGUCGUAGUCCUGCGCGACCCAGCGGCGCAUGUCCUCGACGUACUCUACCGCACGCGGCCCCUUCUCGACGUCGUCGGUCUCAAGCUGUGUUUCGACGCGACAUUCGAGCCACACGUGGUCGUGUCGCCCGACGUUGCCACCGCAACGUGCCUCGUCGCCAUGGCGUUCCGUGGCAUCGACGCAACUACUGUCGUCCGCGACGUGCUCCAUGACGUGCCGAAAACUCACGUAUAUCUUCCUCAUGGCGCCCUGCAAGCCCACCGCGACGUAGUUCACUGGUUUGGCGGCCGCGUGAACUCCGUCAUCACCAAUUCGUCGUCGGAGCUGCUGCCGCGCGCACGCCCAGUCUACGGAGUCGUCCUCAAGCCAGAUCAAGUCGUGGCGAUGCAUGUGUCUGUGACAUCGCCGAACGUGCUAGGUCGCGUCCUGUCGGCCGUCGCUUCCGCUGGGUACGAGCUCCUUGGCCUCAACCUAAUCCACGGCCACGACGAUGCCGCGUGCCACGUGCAGCUCACCAUGCUCAAGGAAAAUGGAGCGAAUGUGCAUCGUCUGGCCCAUCUGCAGUCUACCGUAGUCGACAUAGACGACGUGAUAGCGACAAACGUGGCGCCCCAAGCUAGUGAAUUCAGCCACGGCGAGUUGGAGCCAGCAACUCAACCUGGCACCCUUCCUCCACUCUUCGUCGAUUACGAUCGGGAGCAGACUCUGUUGGCCGUACUCAUGCCGAUCGGAGACAACCACGCGAGGGAGACCGCGGCGGGUAGCUGCGUUGGAGUAGCAAUGGAGCACCUGCUCGGCGCUUGCGCUUCCGACCAACUCGUUGGCGUGAAAGUCAUCCAUCCCAGAGCCGUGGACGCCGUUUGCGACACCUUGAUGGCGUUGCAGUGCGUCGCAUUUGGACCUGCUGCAUCGACAUCGCUGCCACUUGCGCCGGCAGUCGUCGUGCUCUUUCGACACCUCGUCGAGGAUGGGCAAUUUCGAAAGUCCUUUCGCCGGUUGACCGCGACGCCAUCCAUCGUGCGACUGUACACCGACCCUGCCAUCGUCCGAGCGCUCCUCCCGGUGCUCUUUGAACGGUCCGAGUACGCUGCUCCGCGGCGGCUGUCUCCAAGGGACUUGUGUUUUCCUCCAACACCACGCACCGAUGCAGACGCUUUUGCUGGCCUGUUCCAAACCGCCCCGUCCACGUCGUAUUCGUCCGUGCUGGUCAUUAAACCAGACGAUCCUCUUGGAGUGCUUCCCGUGGUACUGCGACGCCUCGCCAGGGAUGGAUUUGAAAUUGUAUUCAUGCACAUGACGCUCUUGCCAUCGUCCUCGCCGCCUGCAGUUGGCAACCUCUACGUUUCCGACUCGCAGCGCCUUCACAUGGCGUCCCAACCAUCGAUAUUGCUCGUCGUGCGGCGCAUCAACUGCAUUGCCCGUCUCCAUGCGCUAGUUGGUCCGUCUGACCCGGACACGGCGCGCCAAGACGCGAGGUUCACCCUCGUCGCUGGCUACGGCAUCGACCACGUCCGGAAUGGCUUCUAUACGUCACCAACGUAUGCCCAAGCGCGAUGGGACCUCCACAGUGUUUAUGGCGUCAGAAGCGAUGACGAUUACAACAGGCUUGCUCGUCGGGCACCUUCUGCCGCCAUCUCCGCGCCGUUCAUGCACACGUCGCCACCGCUCGAACCAACAACUUUCACGGCGACUCCCCGCACGCUUGUCGAAACAACGCUGCUCAUCGUGGGGGGGGCGGCUGUUCACGCUGCAAGCGAGCUUGUGGCGUCCCUUGCCAUGGAUGGAGGCUUCCUGAUCGUCAACUUGGCUCAAGGGGGUCUCACACUCGAACAGAAGCUACACUGCGCUGGCCACUUUGCGUCGGACUUGCUCGACGGCCCGUGGCUCGUUUUGGCCCUCGAGCGAGACAAUGCCGUGUCACGGCUCGCAACGUACCUUCCCACGACAAGUGUCUACAACCCCGCGAGCCGUCAGUUGUUCCGGUGGUCCACGUCGGCGAAGGCGGCGCGCGCCGACUUGCCUUUGUUCUUUCACGUGUUGUAUGGGAGCGUUCACAGCCUCGAGCCAGGGCCUCCUCCUCCAGGACGACAUGUCGCCUUGCAUUAAACUUCGUCUCAGACGCGGUCCCUUUCAACGCAUGUGUGGCACGAGCCGACGUAUCUACGGAAGCGGUGACAGGUUGAGAUGCACAACGAAUGGAACGAAAAAACAUCCUAGUGUGCGCUGGCUGGCCCGCUUACGCCGUCGACGUGCCGGAUCAAGAUGGACAGUGCCCAUGCGCGGCUAGAACGCUGCGAGGCAUCUAGAUUGCGACGACGAAACAGAAUCUCGAUGUUCGUUGACAUAGGAGCCUUGUAAAUACCGUGGCUACGCACACGGAUUCGGCGGUGCUGUUUCAU